GGGGGUCCUCGCGGCGCCUCAGUCGGGACGGGCCGAGGAAGAUGGCGGACGUGAUGGAGGUGAUUGAGGGCUGCCGCCUGCCCGUGCUCCGGAGGAACCAGGAGAACGAAGACGAGUGGCCGUUGGCUGAGAUCCUGAGUGUGAAAGACAUUAAUGGCAGGAAAGUGUUUUACGUGCAUUAUAUCGACUUUAACAAGCGUUUGGACGAAUGGGUGACGCCCGACAGGUUGGACCUGAAGAAAAUCCAAUUCCCGAAGAAAGAAGCCAAGACUCCGACCAAGAAUGGCCUCCCAGGCUCCCGGUCCAGCUCCCCCGAGAGGGACUUGACUAAGUGUAACUUGCGACACCCGCCUGGAAACGAGAUCUACAGGAAAGGAACAAUCUCCUUCUUCGAGAUCGAUGGACGGAAAAACAAGAACUACUCACAGAACCUGUGCCUUUUGGCCAAGUGCUUCCUCGACCACAAGACCCUCUAUUACGACACGGAUCCGUUCCUCUUCUAUGUGAUGACAGAAUACGACUGCAAAGGUUUCCACAUCGUGGGCUACUUCUCCAAGGAGAAAGAGUCCACAGAGGAUUACAACGUAGCCUGUAUAUUAACGCUGCCCCCUUACCAACGCCGGGGCUACGGAAAACUGCUCAUCGAAUUCAGUUACGAGCUGUCUAAGGUGGAGGGGAAAACAGGGACGCCUGAGAAGCCUCUGUCUGACUUGGGGCUGCUGUCCUAUCGCAGUUACUGGUCACAGACCAUCCUGGAGAUCCUCAUGGAGCUCAAGUCAGAGAGCGGGGAGCGGCCACAGAUCACCAUCAAUGAGAUCAGUGAGCUGACCAGCAUCAAGAAGGAGGACGUCAUUUCCACACUGCAGUAUCUCAACCUCAUCAACUACUAUAAGGGUCAGUACAUCUUGACUUUGUCCGAGGACAUUGUGGAGGGUCAUGAGAAGGCAAUGAUGAAAAGACAUCUGCGCAUUGACUCCAAGUGUUUGCACUUUACCCCCAAGGACUGGAGCAAGAGGGGCAAAUGGUGAAGGUAGCCCUUCCUCUCUCUUCCUCUCCCUCGCCUCGUCCCAUGGACACAGCCCCGGUCGGCGUGAGAACCCGACCUCCUCUUCCUCCAGAGCAGAGCGACCAAAAGCAACUCUUCCAUCCCGUUUUCUUUUCCCCUCCAUUUCCCCCCCUCCCUCCCCCCCUCCC